AUGGAAGAACAACCCAAAACUCGAAAGCGAUUCGUUGGCCGUGCUCGAAAAACUGCCAUUGAGACUAAUGACGAUGCUGCCAUUGAAGACGGUGCUGUUGGUUUCGCAAAAACACGACGUCCUCGUGCUGGUCGUCUCGCUAAUCAAGUGCCUGACGAGAUUCUGAACGAUCCAUUGCUGAAUAAGGCGAUCGAGCAACUACCAUCCAAUUAUAACUUUGAGAUACACAAAUCGGUGUGGCGGAUAAGAAAAGCACAAGCAAAGAAAGUGGCCAUCCAAAUGCCUGAAGGCUUGCUUAUGUUUGCAUGCUUGAUCUCAGAUCUUCUCGAAGUGUUUUGCCAGGUUGAAACGCUUAUCAUGGGAGAUGUGACAUACGGUGCUUGCUGUAUCGAUGAUUACACUGCGCGGGCUCUCGGAUGUGAUUUCCUACUCCAUUAUGGUCACAGCUGUUUAGUACCUGUGGAUGUGACUCCAAUCAACACGCUGUAUGUAUUUGUGGACAUUGGUAUCGAUACGCAACACUUUGUGGACACCAUCAAGAAGAACUUUGAAGCUGGAAAGAGGCUGGUCCUUGUCGGCACUAUUCAAUUUGUAGCAUCUAUCCAGGCUGUGAGAGAAACAUUACAACAAGAUUAUACUGUUACUAUACCCCAGAUCAAGCCAUUAUCUCCGGGUGAAGUACUAGGAUGCACAGCACCAAAACUUGGAGAAGCGGAUGCCAUCAUCUAUUUGGGCGAUGGUCGCUUCCAUCUUGAAUCCAUCAUGGUUCAUAAUCCUCAAGUGCCUGCUUUCCAAUAUAAUCCAUAUGACAAGCGCAUUACGCGAGAGCGAUACGAUCAUGAAGAAAUGCAAUCAUUGCGUAAGCAUGCUGUCAAGAUGGGUGGUCAAGCGAAAAAGUAUGGUUUGAUCUUGGGUACUCUUGGUCGUCAAGGAAAGCCUGAAAUCAUGCAAUACCUGGAAAACAGUAUCCGUGCAGCCGGCAAAGAGUGCAUUACAGUAUUGUUAUCCGAGAUCUUUCCCGGGAAACUUGCCCAAUUUGAGGAUGUGGAUGCUUGGAUUCAAAUUGCAUGUCCUCGUUUGUCAACAGAUUGGGGCUAUGCCUUUCCCAAGCCGUUACUUACACCCUACGAAGCAUCUAUAGCACUAGGCAAGGUCAACUGGCAAGAAGUGUAUCCGAUGGAUUUCUACGCCAACGAGAGUUUGGGCCCUUGGACACCUAACCAUGGUAAAAACAUUAGACGUAAAAAGGGUGAGGAGCCCAAAAAGUGUUGUAAUGAAUGUAAUGGCUGCAAAUAA